AUGGCGCUGGAUAUGAACAUACAGGAAUUGUUGGUUAUCGGAGAUUCCGAUCUGCUCAUCAAUCAAGCAACUUCCCACAAAUCAGUGACCAAGAAAGUUAUGGUUGACUUCGUCGAGAACAAUCUGAUAUGUCGUUUCGGUGUGCCAGAAUCUAUCAUCAUUGACAAUGGCGUCAAUCUGAAUAGCCAUUUGAUGAAAGACAUCAGUGAACAAUUCAAAUUCACUCACAAGAACUCUACCGCCUACCGGCCGCAGAUGAAUGGAGUCGUAGAAGCUGCCAAUAAGAACAUCAAAAGGAUUUUGAGGAAGAUGGUCGACAACUACAAGUAUUGGCACGAGCAGCUGCCUUAUGCGCUGUUGGGAUAUGGGACAGCGAAUAGAACUUCAACCGGGGAAACCCCAUACCUUCUCGUUUAUGGUACGGAAGCGGUCAUACCCGCAGAAGUAGACAUCCCUCCACUCAGAAUUAUCCAAGAGGCAGAACUGAAAGAUGCAGAAUGGGUCAGGAACCGUUAUUAA